AUGUCUACCGACUUGACCGGAGAACAGAUGCAGGCCAAAAUCACGGCUGCAAGAAGAGAAGCGGAAGGCCUAAAAGACAAAAUCAAGCGCAAGAAGGAUGAUCUGGCAGAUACUAGCUUGCGACAAGUCGCUCUCAACAAUACCGAAGCAUUGCAGCGGAUAGGAAUGAAGCCCCGGAGAAAUCUCAAAGGCCAUCUAGCCAAAAUCUAUGCCAUGCACUGGUCAACUGACAGACGGCAUCUGGUCUCAGCUUCACAAGAUGGCAAGCUCAUCAUCUGGGAUGCCUAUACUACAAAUAAAGUCCACGCUAUUCCCCUUCGAUCAUCCUGGGUCAUGACCUGUGCAUAUGCUCCCAGUGGGAAUUAUGUCGCUUGUGGUGGCUUGGACAAUAUUUGUUCAAUUUAUAACCUCUCCACGAGAGAAGGACCAACCCGUGUUGCCCGCGAACUAUCCGGACAUUCAGGCUAUCUCUCAUGUUGUCGGUUUGUUAAUGACAGAAAGAUUAUCACCUCCUCGGGUGACAUGACUUGCAUGAUGUGGGACAUAGAGACAGGAUCCAAAGUUACUGAGUUCGCCGAUCACUUAGGCGACGUCAUGAGCAUCAGUAUAAACCCUACCAAUGCCAACGUCUUCGUCUCCGGUGCUUGUGAUGCCUUCGCCAAACUAUGGGACGUGCGUACAGGGAAGGCCGUGCAAACAUUCGCUGGUCACGAAUCUGAUAUCAAUGCCAUUCAAUUUUUCCCGGAUGGAAAUGCCUUUGGCACAGGCUCCGAUGAUGCCUCCUGCAGGCUUUUUGAUAUCAGAGCAGAUCGAGAACUGAUGUCUUAUCAAAAUGAACAAGUUCUCUGCGGAAUUACGUCGGUCGCAUUUUCGGUAUCUGGCCGCCUCCUGUUUGCUGGUUACGAUGAUUUCGAAUGCAAAGUAUAG